AUGCCCUCUGCGCAGCCCCGCACCAACCCGGGGUCCCUGCGGCGUCUCCAUGCCCUGCUGAGGCUGCUGGGGCCAAGCCCUGCCCUCCCCACGCUGCUACCCUCAAGGAAAAAAGGAGCUGGAGGCAUCUUACCGGCCGGAGCUGGUGGGGGAAGCACCGGGCAGUGCCCACCUCGCUCUCUGCCCGCCGAGGAGGCUCAGCCCCCCAGCCCCAUCCCCGGCUGGAGGCGACGGAGGGUGCCGGGGCGGGUGGGCGUCAGGGACCUGCUGGGGGAUGUUGGAGCUGGGAAAAGUGGGGAGCAAGACGGCACAGAGGAUGGGGGAGCGGGGGACCAGCGUGUACGGGACGGGGUUGACGUCAACGGGCUUUCAGCGGGCAUGAUGGAUGGCACGGGAAAAAGAGCUCCCGUUCCCGAGCCGCCGGCUGGGAAACGCUGCCCUGAGAGCCACGGAGGGCUCCGGCAAACCGGCCCCGCUGUGGGGUGCAGAGGGAGCCCCGGGGCUGUCCCACCGUGGAGCAGGACCCCGGGUACCCUCCAGUUUUCUCCUCAACUCCGCUGCUACCGGAGCGCACAUCCCACUCCUGCUCGGUACCGAUCCGUGACGGGCAUCCCCAAAAACCCCCAGCACCCCCCCACACACCUCUCCGCUCCCACCGCCGCCGGGGGAUGCUCCGGGGCAGGUGCGGCGCUGGUGGCCGCGGGGACCGAAGCUGUCGCCGUCCUGGGCUCCCGGGAGCGCCCCACCCCGCUCCGCCGCCGCGGGCACUCACCGCCGCCGCUGCCGCCGCCGCUGCCGCCGCCCGUGCCCGCUCCUCCCCUCGGCCCCGGCGGGCUGCUGGGAGAGGCGGGCGGGGGAGCCCCGGACCCGGCCCCGGGGUUGCUGCGGAGAGGGGCCGGUAAUUCGCCCCCCCAUAGCGAGCGGCUAAACCGGGGCUGCUGGGUGCCCCCCUCCCUGCUGCACCCUGCACCUGCCAGGCAAGACCUCGCAUGCCACCAGCUGGAUCCUCCAUCCAUCGGCUGGACCCCAACAGGCUGUACACCCAUCAAAGCAAGCCCAAAAGCCACCAGCUGCACCCUGCACACAUCAACCGGACCCCAAAAGCCACCAGCUGGACCUAACACCCGUCAAGCAGCUGGACCCCAAGAGCUACUGGCCAGACCCUCCUACUACCGCUUGGACCCCGAGAAUUUCCACCUGGGCCCCAUGAACCACCAGCCAGACCCCACAGCCGUCAGCCAGCCCCCCAUGGAGAGCCUCCAGCCAGACCUGAAGCGCUUCCAGCCUGUCCUGGCUCAGCUUGGGUGGGCGCUGUCCCUGCUCCUCGGGGAGCACAUAAACCUCCGGCCUCCGAUCCCUUUUGGCUGCUGCUGGAGCGUGAGCUCGGCCCUCCUGGGGUGGCUGCCUGGGGAGAGCCAGGCACCCGGAGACAACGAGGCACAGCCACAGCUUCCUUCAGGUGAGGGUCUGGGAGCGAGACUGCGAGCUCCCUGCCCGGGGAACUGCCUCCCGCUGGCCGGAGGCCUCAUCCCUGACGGGGCUCAGGCCCGCACAGGCCUAAGCCGGGGGCCGCCGGCGCCAGGCGCUGCCGCACUCAGGGGCUUGGCAAACCUCUCGACGCAUUCCUGGCACCGGGGGCGCUUCCGCCGCGGCCCAGGGCCCCGCUCGGGCCUGCCCGGGCAACCCCCCACGCCCGGAUGCUCCCCGCCUCUGCCCACGCAAAUCUCGCGAGAUCAGCCGCGGGUCAGGCGCCUGCGUGGUGCCGCGGCCCAGGGGAAAGGGGCGGGACCUCCGCGCCGCCGCCUCACGGAGCCGCCGCCAUCUUGUUUCUCGGCCGCUGAGCCGCUCAGCUCUUGCUCUGGCCGUCCCCCUUCCCCCUCCUUCCCGCUUCCCACCGAUCGGGCCACAGGCAGCGCGGGCACCGGGCGAAGGAGGAGGCGAAGGAAGCGGAGAUCGCGGCGCCGGCCGCCCCGGUGA